CUCCAAACAAGAAUUAGGUGAAAUUUCUUCCUCUACAAAAGGCGAGGCUACUCUGGCCUGUGAAAGCAAGAUGGUCAACGCUCAGAUGGGCGCUCUAACUGAGGACGCCACUCUUCCCUGCAAAAGCAAGAUGGUCAAUGCUCAGAUGGGUGCUCCAACUGGGGAUGCCACUCCGGCCUGCAACAGCGCCAUACACGCUGAGAAGAUCGCAUUCACCGACGACUUGGGGCUAGCUUCGUCUACCAAUGGUCAACCAAAGAACAACCAACGCGAGUUGGUAUUCCACGGCUGUUGCAAGAUGACGGACGAAGAGUUGUCUGAGCACUACAAAGUGGAUCAAAUGACUGACGAGGAGCUGGCUUCGGUAAACAUCGACCGCCAGGCGAUGAUUGACUCCUAUCGCGUCAUGCACGAGGUCUCAAUGCUGCGGGGAAAGCCUUCGCACACCUUGAAGAAGAAAACUGAAGAGCCCGAUUCAGUGAAGCCAAAGGAGAAACGCCAAAGCCAGAAGAGUAGCUUUUUGAACACUUUAUAAUUAUAUAUCAAUUCCCAAUGCUGAACACUCUGGUCCAGCUCCAGGCCAUCGAUGACGAGUUUUUUGAAUCUUUUGUGGAGGUCUACAUGGACCGUGACUACUAACUAUCCUAUUACAUAUUCUUCGAAACAUUAUACCUGAGCUACAAUCGCGGGCAAGCUCUCAACAGGGUGAACAAUAAAG